GGUGCUGAGCUUGAUUUGAGCCGCAUGGCACAUGGACAACACUGGCAAAAGUGCCGAGAGGAACCUUAGCACCAACGAUGAUCGUAGCAAUGUAUCCAUUAUGAUGAUUUCAUGCUGUGUUGUUCUCCUCUUAACGUUCAUGUUCUGUUUUUUACGGCCCUUUGCUCAGUACUACGGUGUUACGCUCGGUAAAAGCCAUCUUCGGAUAUUGGUCUCCAUCAGCAAUAUCCUUGUUGGCACGCACUUAGUUCUACCCCAUUCUCUCAGUUUCUCUUUGAUUACAUCAGAUUCGUGGUUCUCCAGCAUUUAAACUCGCGUUGAUCUACUGUAGAAGUAGUUGAUCUUUCCCUGACUGAAUACAGUUUAGUUAUCUCGUAUAUAAUUAGUCCAGAUGGAUCUAUAAUCGACUCG